UUCCUGCGUGGGCCUGGAGGUGGGUCAGUGACUCACGCCGGGGCCCUCUCCACCCCCGCGCCCAAAUGCUCGGCCCUCCCCGGGCCGGGGCUCACCUAAUCCCCGCAGCGGGAGUCGGGGGGCACCCGCGCCUGGGCCCAGGGCUAGGGUUACAGUGCGGUCACUUCACACUCGGCAGCAUGUGCAGCUGAGGCCUCCCCCCCACCCCGUGCAGCAGUCUCCCGCCAGCCGGGCAGCGAGGUCAGCUUGGCAAGCCGCUGCCUCUCCAGCCCCGAUCUGGCCGCAGGCAGCCGAUUCCCCCCGGACCCGAGGAGGUGAUGGCAGAACAAGAAGCCAGUGGGCUGCGGGUCCUGCUACGCACGCUCCAGAGCUCCUCUGACAGGGAGUCCACCCUGACCAUCCUCCAGGUCCUCGGAGAUCUGCUUUCUGUUGGCACAGACCGGAGGAUUCGCUACAUGAUCAGCAAGGGUGGUAGCGAAGCCCUUCUGCAGACCUUGGUGAACACAGCCAGGACGGCUUCUCCAGACUAUGACAUCCUCUUGCCCCUCUUCCGGCUGCUGGCCAAAGUUGGCCUACGAGAUAAAAAGUUUGGACAGAAGGCACUGGAAUUGGAAGCACUUGAUGUGACAUUGAUUCUGGCGAAGAAAAACCUGUCUCACAGCCAGAACCUCCUCCACUGUCUCUGGGCUCUGCGUGUCUUUGCCUUUAGUGUCACCACAGGAGCCAUGCUGGGAAUUAAUGGAGCGAUGGAACUGCUUCUCAAGGUCAUCACCCCUUAUACCCAGAAGAGCACCCGAGUAAUCAGGGCAGCCACUGAAGUUCUGGCAGCAUUGCUGAAAUCCAAGUCUAACAGCCGCAGGGCAGUGAACAGAGGCUAUGUCACCAUCUUGCUCAGGCUGCAUCAGGACUGGCACAGCCAUGACACAACCAAUUCCUACGUGCUGAUCCGCAGGGCGCUUCUGCUUUGCCUCAGGCAUAUUGCCAACCUCCGGUCUGGCAGAGAGGCCUUCCUGGCAGCUCAGGGCAUGGAGAUCCUUUUCAGCACCACACAGAAUUGCCUGGAUGACAAAAGUCUGGAGCCUGUCAUCUCCCUUGUGCUUCAGAUCCUGAGGCAAUGCUACCCUAAGAGUCCACUUCCCUUGGUCACAACCAGCAGUGCUUAUUCCUUCCCAGUCCCUGGGAACAUCACCUCUGAACCUCCACAUGUUCUAACUGAAGAUUUUGAAGAUGAUGGCGAGGAAGAAGAGGACAAAGACUCAGAUUCUGAAGAUGUGAAAGAGGAAGAUGAUGACUUGGAAACAGAUGUGAACAAGCUGAGCUCCAAACCUGGUCUUGAUCGACCUGAAGAGGAACUGAUGCAAUACAAGGCAAUGUGUCUUGAGCUCUCCUGCAGUUUUGAGGAACUGGAGUCCAAACCUGGAGAUGGUUUGAACUAUGAUGAGACUCAGUAUGCCAAUCACCACCACAUUCUGACUGCUGCCUCCCCAAAAGGGCUUUGCUUGAAUAAGGACCAAAUCUCCUGGGGACAAGAAAGAGAAGUCCCUGUCCAGACCUCCCUUCUGAGCAGAGUGAAGAUGGGGAGGUCCAACAUACAUCUAACCUCCAAAAAAGGACCUGGAAUUAACCCAUACCAAAAUGCACAAUCCAAUGUUCUUGGGAUAGGUUCUUCUGGAAGUGAAAUCUCAGACAUUCAGGCGUCUUUCAAAGAGGAUGCUUGGGACAUAGAUGCGAUUUCCUGCCCAAGGAUAAGUGCCUCCUUUUCCAAUUCCACUAGACCUAGAGAAACUGCUGAAUUAAUAGAUAAGCUCCUGCAGACACAUCCGACGCAUAUCGCCUUCCAUGACCCCUAUCUUUAUAUGGCCAAAGCUAGAAGAACCAGAUCUGUGUCUGACUUCACAAUGAUGGCAUUUCCUGAUUUCUGGGGACAUUGUCCACCUCUCUCUGCCCAGUCCAUGUUGGAACGUAAAUGUGGAGUCCAAAGGAUCAAAAUAUUUGAGGAUGUCCGGAGGCUCAUCCAGCCAAGCGAUAUUAUAAAUAAAGUUGUCUUCAGUCUAGAUGAGCCUUGGCCUUUGCAAGACACCACUUCUGACUGCUUACGGUUCUUCUCCAAGUUUGAGUCUGGAAAUCUUCGCAAAGCCAUCCAAGUGCGUGAGUUGGAGUACGACUUACUGAUCAAUGCUGAUGUGAAUAGCACGCAGCACCAGCAGUGGUUCUACUUCAAGGUGAGCGGUAUGAGGGAUGCGGUCCCUUAUCGCUUCAACAUUAUCAACUGUGAGAAGGCCAACAGCCAGUUCAAUUACGGGAUGCAGCCAACUCUGUAUUCUGUGAAGGAGGCUCUUCUUGGCAGACCUGCCUGGGUACGGACAGGCUAUGAAAUCUGUUAUUACAAGAAUCAUUAUCGCCAGAGCGCAGCCAUCACAGGGGCAGAGUCUGGGAAGUGCUAUUACACCCUCACCUUUGCCGUCACCUUCCCGCAUGCCGAGGAUGUCUGCUACCUGGCCUACCACUAUCCCUACACCUACACCGCCCUCAUGACUCACCUUGAUGUUCUGGAAAAAAGCGUGAACCCCAAGCAGGUCUACUUCCGUCAGGAGGUUCUCUGCCAGACGCUAGGAGGGAAUUCAUGUCCAUUGGUGACCAUCACUGCCAUGCCCGAGUCUAACAGUGCUGACCACCUGGAGCAGCUCCGGCAGCGCCCAUACCAGGUGAUUACUGCUCGAGUUCACCCAGGAGAGAGCAAUGCCAGCUGGGUGAUGAAGGGGACCUUGGAGUUCCUGGUCAGCAGUGACCCUGUGGCUAGGCUCUUGAGGGAAAACUUCAUUUUCAAGAUCAUCCCCAUGCUCAACCCAGAUGGUGUCAUCAAUGGCAAUCACAGAUGUUCACUGAGAGGAGAGGAUUUGAACAGACAGUGGCUCUCUCCUAGUGCUCGUCUCCAGCCCACAAUUUACCACGCCAAAGGACUCCUCCACUACCUGGGCAGCAUUGGCCGGUGUCCCAUGGUCUUCUGUGAUUUCCAUGGUCACUCUCAAAAAAGGAAUGUGUUCCUUUACGGUUGUAGCAUCAAAGAGACUUUGUGGCAGGCAGGGUCCACGGUGGGCACAUCCAAUCUCUUGGAAGAUGUCAGCUACAGGACUCUUCCCAAAAUCCUUGAUAAACUAGCACCAGCAUUCACCUUAAGCAGCUGCAGCUUCCUCGUGGAGAAAUCCCGAGCCUCCACAGCACGAGUAGUGGUGUGGAGAGAGAUGGGGGUGUCCAGAAGCUACACCAUGGAGAGCAGCUACUGUGGCUGCAACCAGGGCCCCUAUCAGGGUCUACAGUUUGGUACCAGUGAACUGGAGGAGAUGGGGUCUAUGUUCUGCUUGGGCCUCCUCAUCUUGGAACUCAAAUCUGUAAGCUGCAGCCGUCAGCUCCUGACCUGUGCAGCAGCUCUACUGAAUGCUGAGGAGGAGUCUCUGGACCACCACCUCCAGCGAUGCAGCAGCAACAGCAGCAUCGCUUCAGAACUGGAUGAUGAGCCUCCCUGCCUGGAGGAGAUUGACUAUGGUACCGACAGCAGCUCGGACCAGGAAGGGAGCGUCUCCGAGCUGGACCGGGAGAUCCAGGAGUGCGCUUUCCACAAGGAUGAAGGAGAGGAAGAAGAGGAGGGGCCAGGGCAGGGAAGAGAAGCCAUCCCAUAACCCUGAGGUUCAUAGCAAGUUCUGUGCCUCUAACCAUCGGAUUAGCUGCCAUGUCGUUGCUUUACCAUCACACACACACAAUGUUGGCACAGAAAGCCAGCCCAUGCGAGGUCAGCAUCCCUACAUCCAGAUUUUCUUCUACUUUCACUAUGCAUAGAGAGUGGCUACUUCUUUUUUUUUUUUUUUUUUUAAUUAAUUAGUUUUAUUCUUGGCCGUGUUGGGUCUUCACUGCUGCGUGCGGGCUCUCUCAAGUUGCGGUGAGCGGGGACUACUCUUUGUUGCAGUGCGUGGGCUUCUCACUGAGGUGGCUUCUCUUGUUGCGGAGCACAGGCUUUAGGCGUGCGGGCUCAGUAGUUGCGGCUCACAGGCUCAAGAGCGCAGGCUCAGUCAGUAGUUGUGGCACAUGGGCUUAGUUGCUCCGUGGCAUGUGGGAUCUUCCCAGACCAGGGCUUGAACCCGUGUCUCCUGCAUUGGCAGGCGGAUUCUUAACCACUGUGCCACCAGGGAAGUCCCCAGAGUGGCUACUUCUUCGUUACAGCAUUUUACAUAUAUAGAUAGGUGGCUAUAUGCACGCUGUCAUUAUGAUAGAAUGGGAGAUACUCAAGAUGACUAUGGAUCCUCUGAAGACUGUUCUGAGCUCUUCUCCAUUCCUGUGCUUGAAACUGGAGUAGACUGGAAGUAGUAGGAGUUGGACUUUCUUCGUGUCUUCUCAGCCAGAAUUCUAAGUGGUUGUUUAAGUCGUUCCCUAUAUGAGGGUUAUCACUUCCUGUUGUCUCCCUCUUAUAGCAUCUGAGCCUCUCAGCCCAAACCAUGAGCCCCACUGAGACCCUGAGGGUCCUGGCAGGGUCUUCCCUUGCUGGGUGAUUGAUUGAACAUAAAAGGCUGUACAACCAAGUAAUCAUCCUUGGUCUGUUGGAACAGUAUACAUUUUGCAGAUAUAGAAUCUGCAGAAGAUCCCCUUCUAAGGGAAGGGGGACAAUAGUGAAUAAGACAUGGCCACUGGUCUUUACAAAUUUGAAAAUCUAUGAAAUUCAUAAUCUUGGGAGGCAGCAAUUCAUUCAUUUCAGACUCAGAUAGAUGUGGCUCAUAUCCCGGAUCUGGCUGUUACUUAUUAUGAGAACAGAGGAAAAUAAUUAAAUCUCCCUAAACCACAGUUCAGUGGAGAUGAGCAUAUCUAUAUCAUAGAGUUAUUAUGAAGAUGAAACGAGAUAACAUGUAAAAGUAUACAGUUUGGCACACUGAAGACAAUAAUAUUGGCUUAUUUUCUUCCAUAACGCAGGCAGAACAUUCUAUGGAGUUAUUCUCACAGUUAACGUUCUAUGGAGUCACAUGGUUGAGAAAUACUCUCUCUUCCUAGAGGGGAUCAGGGCAGGAGGUUCUGUAGGAACAGAGCCUAGGGGACUGGCAUAGCUUAGACCAAGUGAAAAUGGAGCAAGGCCCUUCAACAGACAGAUGGAAACAGUUUGAAAGUGUGAAGGAUGAUAUGUACAGGGCCCAGGCAGAAAGGAUGAGAAGAAACAUGGAAGGCAGAUUAGAAUGGAAGAUAAAAUGGAGAUAAUAUGUUAAAGCAAAUGUAUGUUGGUCCAGAUGCCAUAUGUAUUUAGUUAGAAUUAGGUUUGGCUAUGAGAGAUGGAAAAUCCAAAACAGCAGUAGCCUUUGUAAGAUAGAAGUCUGUUUAUCUUUCAUGUGGAAUUCCAGAUAUAGGCAGACCAGAGCAGGUAUCACGAAUGCCUGAUGUCAGGCACUCAGCUUCAGCAGCUUUCUAACCACCCCCCGCCCCCGUGUGUUACUUCUAUUCUUGCUCUAAGAGAGCUGCUGAAGCAUCAGGCUUUGCAUCUACAUCCCAGUCAGCAGUAAGAAGGACAGAAAUAGAAGAUCAUGUUCUCCAUAUUUCCAAAACAAUGCAUACUGCUUCUGCUUAAUCCCACCAUCCAGAAAGUGGUCCUAUGAACACAGGGAGCUGCAAGGGAGAAUGGAAAAUGUAGUCUUUAUUUCAGGUAGGCAAGGCUAAAGAUUUGAAAUUUUAAUCCUAAGGGAAAAGAAAAUAAUGCAUAUUGAGGUUCAAAAACAUGCCAAAGAGACUUUUCCUGAUGUACCUACCACCACCAAGAGAUCUUGGAAACAGAAUAAUUUCAGAGAAAACUCAGCAGAAAGAGUUUAGCCUCAGAAAAAAAUGUUUUGCCAUAAUUUAGCCCCAAGGCAUACAAGAAAGUUAUAUGUGCUCUGAUUUGGGAAGUUGACAUUAUUAUUAUUAUUGUUGUUGUUAUUGUUAUUAUUAUUGAUAGUCCCUUAUUUUUCAACUCUUUUUCAAAUUUCUUUGCUAUCAUUCAGAAAUCACAAUUCAUUCUUUGUAUUAAGGCAUUCAGAUUUCUGUAACAUAAUGAGAGUUUUGAGGGAAAUGACAAAGACACUGAAUUCAAAUCCAGGCUGAAAGCACCUCUUAACUUCUCCCAUAUUCAAUAUUUCCAUUCUUAAAUAGAAGAUGGCAUAAUGCUUCUGUGGUUUUUUUUUUUUUUUUCAUUGUUUUGAGGCUCAAGAAGAUAAUAUUGUUGAAAAAGUAAAUGGUGAGAAGAAUGGAAAUAAUACUAACUCAUCAUCAAUUUGCAUUUCAGCUCAAAAUUGCUUAUUUACCAUGUUUCUGAGAAUGUGACCAGGGCAGGUAAAUUUCUAUGCGAUGUGCUCAGGAAAAGCCAGAAACGUGGACUAUUUAUUGAUUCAUCCAUGUAACAAAUAUAUAUUAAGUACCUGCUAUGUGUCGUGCUCUUUACUAAGCUCUAAAGCUGCAGAGAAAAAAGACUCACUGUGUCCCGAAGUUGCUCAAAGUUCAGCGGGAGAGAUGAACAAUAAACAUUUCAUUUUAACACAGUGGCACACGGCUUUAUGGAGCUGUGCAGAGGAUGAUACAGAAUCACCUCAUCUAAUGGAGGCAGUGGUGGUGGGAAAAGUCUACCAAAAGAAAAUGAUAACUUAGGUGAUUUGGGAAGGAUAUGUAAGUUUCCUGGUUAAAAAGAAGAGGAC